UGGGCGGCGGCGCUGGAGGCUUGGGGUCGGGAGGCCUCGGACGCGUGUGCGCCCUACCUGGAGAAGAUCCCGGGCUUCGGUAAGAAAAAGAAGAAGAAGGCGGGCGAGCCCACGGCAGCCGCAGGCUUCGAGCCGGGAAAGGUGGGCAGUGUCCAGUCGAAGGAGCACCUGGACUCGUUGCUGGCGGAGUCCGUCACAGCCGGGCACGCGGUGGUACUCGACUUUACCGCGUCCUGGUGCAAGCCGUGCCAGGCGAUGAAGCCUCGCUUCGAGGCGUUGGCGGCGCAGUACUCGUCCCACUGCUUCGCGGAGGUGGACGCGGACGAGCAGGACGACGUCUCGGCCCAAUGCGAGGUGAUGGGGCUGCCGACCUUCCAGGUCUUUCUCGCGGGCAAGAGGGUGGCUUCCAUCACGGGCGCCGGGGAGGAGAAGCUCGACGCCCUCGUCGCAGAGCAUCUCGGCGCCCCCGGUGGCCAAGGGGACAAGAAGACCAUGUGAGCACGCCUCGCAGCGGGCGCAGUGCUGCACAGCCACCAUGACGCAUGCGGCGCAGAGUGCCAACGUCGAGGGGGAGCGGGAGGAGAGCAGCGGUCUGCUGCCGGGAUCACGCCCUCGUCUCUGAUCGAGCGGGAUCGUUCGGCCUUCGCGCGCGCGCGUCCCGUCGCACGACCCGUGCAGCGAGAGGGAUCCCGCGUCGCCGAGGCGAGGCGGGUGCCUGUAGGCAGUGGUGCGCAGAGACAGUGGGCGACCGCCGCGCCGGAAA